GUAUCUCAUGUAGUCACUCACAUGACGAACUAGCUAACUGGCAUGUCAUACCCACCAGGGUGUUUGCUCCUACUUCUGCAACGCUUCAUUGAAUGUCAAAAACAUGUCAAACAGAUCCAUGCCCUCAUAAUCACCCACGGCCACCUCCACUUCAAUCCCUCUUGGCAAAAUUCGGACUUAAAAUGGAUAAGCACUCUUCUCUACAACACCUUAAUCAGAGCCCAUCUCAACCUAGGAGACCCUCGCAAGGCCAUUAUCCUCUACACCCAUAUGCUUGCCCACCAAGCCCCACCAAACGAUCAUACCUUCCCUUCCCUCAUCAAGGCUGUCUCUUCCUUGCCCUCCUUGGCUUCCGUCACAGGCAGGCCCAUUCACACACAAGUCAUCAGGCGCGGCUUAUCGCUCGACCCGUUUAUACAGACCUCCUUUGUCAGCUUCUACGCCCAACUUGGCGAUCUUUCCAAUGCCCGCCAUGUAUUUGAAGAAAUUACCAGACCGUGCAUUGUCGCCUUCAAUUCUAUGCUUGACGCCCUUGGCAAGAACGGCGAUAUGGGUUCUGCUCUUGAGCUGUUCCAAAGCAUGCCUCAGAGAGAUAUAGUUUCAUGGACCAGUAUCAUCAAUGGGUUUGGGAAGAAUGGGUACUACCGAAAGUCAAUUUGGUAUUUCGAGAAGAUGAUGGUGCAUGAAGAUGUAAUGGAAGGCCUUGUGAAACCCAAUGAGUCUACUUUCGUCAGUGUCCUCUCUUCAUGUGCCAGUUCGGAUCAAGGAGGAGCACUUAGUCAAGGGAAGCAGAUCCAUGGGUACAUUAUCAGGAGUGAGACUGAAGUGACAGUAUUUCUGGGAACGGCACUGGUAUCCAUGUAUGGUAAGACAGGGUGUUUGGCAAGUGCUCUUAGAGUCUUCAACGGAAUGGUAAUGAAAGGGGUGUGCACAUGGAACGCAAUGAUCUCUUCGUUGGCUUCUAAUGGUAGAGAGAAAGAGGCUCUGAACAUGUUUGAUAAGAUGAGGCAGGAGGGUCUGCAACCAAAUAAGGUAACAUUCGUGACAGUGCUGACUGCUUGCGCUCGUGCCCAACUCGUCGAUUUGGGUUUGGAAUUCUUUCAGUCGAUGCAACAUGAAUACCGGGUUCAUCCGAGGAUGGAGCACUACGGCUGCGUGGUCGAUCUAUUGGGCAGGGCAGGGCGUCUGGAAGCGGCGGCUGAUUUCAUUAGGGGUAUGCCUUUUGAGGCUGAUGCUACUGUUUUGGGGGCUCUUCUGGGUGCCUGCAAGGUUCACGGAGCCGUUGCUUUGGCGACUGAAGUAGGGAGAAGGUUAAUCGAAUUGCAGCCACGACACUGUGGUAGAUACGUGGUCUUGUCCAAUAUUUAUGCUGGCGCAGGAAGAUGGGGCCAUGCUUCUGCGCUGAGGAAAGCCAUGAUUGAGGGUGGAAUUAGGAAGAUUCCAGCGUAUAGUUGGCUUGAUUCCUAGUGAAUAACCAUUACGUUCUUUGCAAUUGGAUUUGAGUCUAUU